CGCGCAGCCUUGACCCAACCCCCACCCUGUGCCACCCUCGCCCCCGCCCCAGCAGCACUCGACAUGGACGAUUCCCAUCGCUCCGGCCCUGCACGGGCGUCGAGUAGUAGCAUGACUCGGCGGGUAUAUACUCUCGCAGGGCAUGGGCUGACCUCGGCGUCUUGGACGGUUCUUCGAAAGUGCUUCGAGAAUCUUUUUCUCCCUCUUCACCAUCCCUUGGCCACUAUCCUGCCGUCGUGGCAUGCGUCAGAUCUAAUGCUUCGCUCGUCAAGACUUUCUUGUCGCUAAAACUUGGGUCGCUGGAUUUGUUCCCACGGUUGUGUUACUGAUCGCCCACCAUGAGUAAGUUUCGCUCUCGGUUGUACAAGACCGAUCGAGCGCGAGACUUUGAACAUGAGCAGGACCGGCAAGUGCGCACGCGACAGAUUUACGAAACUAUCGACCGACAGUCUUUCCAAUGGGUUGUUGUGUUAGUCGCCGGAGUCGGAUUCUUCCUCGAUGGAUACACGCUCUUCGCUAGCAACAUCGCCCUCCCCAUGAUCGCAUACGUCUACUGGCCCGACGAAACCUCCUCUUUCCGGCUUACUUGCAUCAAUAUCGCUACACUCGGUGGGACACUGCUCGGACAGGUGUUAUUCGGAUAUCUUGCGGAUCGAAAUGGGCGGAAGAAAAUGUACGGUGUUGAGCUGGCGCUGUUGAUCGCAUCGACAUUGGGCGUGGCCAUGUCUUCGACUGGUCAGAACGGGAGCAUGAGCGUCUUCGCCUGGUUGGUCUGGUGGAGGAUUAUUGUUGGGAUAGGCGUGGGAGCGGACUAUCCCCUCAGUGCUGUCAUUACAUCGGAAUUCGCUCCGACCCGACAUCGCGCCCGAAUGAUCGCAUCCGUCUUCUUCAUGCAACCGCUCGGUCAAAUCGCUGGAAACGUCGUCUCUCUCAUCGUGGUCGUCGCCAGCAAAAAGCAGGGGUUCGACGAUCUCACCCGCACCGUCGAUGUAAUGUGGAGAUGGGUAGUUGCAAUCGGAGUCGUACCUGGAGUCAUCGCAACUCUCUUUCGAUUCUUCAUCCCCGAAAGUCCUCGCUUCCUCCUCGAGAUCGAAGACGACCCAGUCCAAGCAGAGUUCGAUGCUACAACACUCUUCAGUGAUCCAAACUCCCCCGAAAUGGAAGACAACUUCAGCCACGUCAACAACAUCAACCUCAUCGCGCCCUGGAGCGAGAUCACCCUUCCUUCGCCAGCCCUCGCAACAAACUCCAUCGCCCUAACCGUUCACUCCCACGACGAAACCGAACGCUCCCCGUCGCAGACCCAAUUCAUCCAACCCGCAACCCUAAACUCCCACUGGCGUCUCUCCCGCCAGGACAUCAUCCAGUACUUCUGGACAGAGGGCAACUGGCGCACACUCGCGGCGACUUCGCUCUCCUGGCUCCUUCUCGAUUUUGGCUUCUACGGUAUCGGUCUCUCGAGUCCGCAGUUCCUUGCUAAGACAUGGGACUCGCUAAACCUCAGUGGGCCCGCUCCGCCGUGGAUGACGGAUGACACGGGUGCCACGGAUAUCUACACCAUGUUCCAGGAUAGCUCGACGCACUGCCUCAUCAUUCUCAACACGGGCAGCUUCAUCGGCGGUAUCCUGCUUCUCCUCUUCAUCCACAAGCUCGACCGUGUCAGUCUGCAGAAAUAUGGCUUUCUCGCUCUCGCCGCACACUUUAUUGCGCUCGGAACCAUGUUCAUCACCGUCCACAAAGAAGGCCCCGUCGCCGUUGCACUGUACAUCCUCGGCCAGAUCCUUUUCAACUUUGGCCCCAACGCAACAACAUACAUAAUCCCCGCCGAAAUCUUCCCAACGCGCUACCGCGCAACCUGCCACGGGAUCUCCGCCGGUGCCGGAAAGCUGGGGUCGAUCCUCAUCCAAGUCUUCUCCGCAUAUUACAAGUUCGGGACAGGCCCCGGCGACGACCAGACGAUCCGGCACGGAUGGAUGCUGAUCGUGUUCAGCGCGUGCAUGAUCAUCGGCGCUGCCGUUACGCACUUCUGGAUUCCGCCGGUGCAGCGGAGGGAGAGGGAUGGGAGGGGGAAGCUUUGGGGUGGGAGGACCGAGACGCUCGAGACGCUGGGGAUGGGGAGGCAGGGGUGGCGGAGUCGGUUUGUUGGGUUGCGGAGGUAAACCCGUUUUUUUCUUGUUGAUAAUAAGAUAGAAUGAGUAUGCGUGGGAGGGUGUUUGAAAGUUUUUAGAUUGGGUGGCGUGGUCCCUUUUUUCGUGUUGUUGCUCGCAGGGCUGUACAUAUAUUUUCGCAGGCGCGGUGAUACCCGGUCAAAUUUAUGUGUUGAAGACUCAACUCAAAAAUGUCGAACUCUAUGAACUAAGCUUCAAUGCUAAGAGCGGUAUUCAGUAAAACGAUCAGAAUACCUUACUGAAAAGGUUAAAGAGCAAGAAAUCAAGGAAGGAAGAGGUUCAACAAGAGGGAGUGAUUUUUCUCCACAGGAAAAAAAAGAGAAUGCAUCAUCCGUGAAUCGAAC